AAGACAAAUAAUAUGGAAAUAUUGAUUCUUGAUUCAAAUUUGCAUCAUUAAUCUGACAGCUAGGUUUUAGGGAGAUUUUUUCAUGCCUGAGGUCAUGCAUGUCUAGGUAGCUGGAGAAGAAAAAAGAGUAGAAGAAAUAAGGCUUAUUACCAGUCGGAGGAAGCGUCUGUUUGGAAGACAAGUGCAAGAUUAUGGGAAGUCCAAGAAGAGAAUAUCUUGAAGAUGUUGCAAUAAUUGCAGGGUUAAUUGGGAUGCAAUUUAUGUAUGCAGGAAACUCAAUUUUGGUUAGUUAUCUCAUGUUAACGGGAUUUACACCUGCAUCUCUCAUCAUCCUGUCUUCCUUGGCCACGUUUGUGAUUCUAUUGCCUUUCUCCGUAAUUUUUGAAAGGAGGCUGUGGCCAAGGAAAUUUCGUCUGAAGCUAUGGGUUCAGCUGGUUUUAAUUUCUUUUGGAGGGGUGACAUUAUUCCAAUCUCUGUUCCUGAAGGGCAUCAGUCUUACUUCACCAGCAAUGGCAACAGCCAUGCCAAACAUUGCUCCAGGAUUCAUAUUUUUCAUUGCUUGGGCUCUCAGGUUGGAGAAAGUUGAGUUAGGCUGCAUAUAUAGCAAAGCAAAAAUUGCAGGAACACUGCUGUGUGUUGCCGGUGCUGUUAUAAUGAGCCUUGCGCAAAGUACCUUGGGCAGUCAUAAAGCAAGAGAAGCUCAUUUAUCAGUACCACCUCCACUGUCACGAAACUUAUUUGACGAGCGAAAGAUCAUGGGUUGCUUUUAUCUCAUGGCAGCCGUCUUCGUCCUAUCAAGCACUAUUAUCUUACAGGCUACAACAUUAAGGGAUUUCCCAGCUCCAAUAUCCUUAUCUACAAUAACAACUUUAAUAGGGGUGGUAUUGACUGGAAUUGCUCAGUUGAUUCAAGAUGGCAGAAUAGAUAUUGGAUGGCCCUUGUUAAGCAUCAAAGAUAUCAUGUGCUACUCUGUACUGGCAGGAAGCAUCAGUGGAGCAUGUGUUACCUUCAAUAUAUGGGCAAUGAAGAAAAGGGGGCCAGUUCUGGUGUCCAUUUUUAGUCCCAUUGGAACUGUCGUCUCGCUAGUCUUUUCAGUAAUCACCUUAGGAAGCUCCAUUACCAUAGGAAGUCUCGCAGGCAUGUCCAUCAUGUUUACUGGUCUCUAUUGUGUACUAUGGGCUAAAAGGAAGGAAGGAUUCUCCGAGAAUAACAACUCCUCAGAAACUCCAUGAUGCACAAUAUACGUCAUACAACGGUUGAUUCUGGAUGCAAGACAGUAAAGGAUCUAUACCAUUAUUGUAGAUCUUAAACUAAAUUUUGGCAUAAUGCUGGCAGCAGAGAUCAGUGCUUUUGGUACAGCACACUUGAAAGAGUAAUCGGGUUUAUGCAAGGACAAAGUUCAUGUACGUGACAAUGGAUUAUGGCUGCAAAGCCCAGUGACUAACUUUGGUUUUUUUUGACAUUUGGUGGAGGAAAACUUUGAACAACUGAUUUUUUAGUCCUUUUUUGAUGGGCUGAAAAGAUUGAGUUUGUGUUUGAGUUUCAGUGCAGAGAUGAAUUUCCAGUCA